AUGUCUUUAGGGAAAAGAGCAAGACCUUCGAACGUCGGUGGGAAGCGUUCCAAAGCCAAGAAAUGUGAAUCCACCACGACGGCCAACAGCAAGCCGAAGUCAAAAACAAAAACAAAUGAAAAAGGCAAGAUGAAAGCUUUCAUUCCUAUUCCCGGUCACUCGGACGAUGGCCAGUCCGAAGAUGAAGAUGAGGAUGGAGAUGGGGAUGAAGAUAUGCUAGAUGAAGAAAUCGAAAUGGGCGAUAAUGCAGCUGCUUUCUUAACUGGACUCGAUAAGAAAGGUAUCACUAGAUCACGCAAACAACAAGUCGUCGAAAAUCGAAAGGCUCGUCCAAAAGCCUCUGCACCCUCUCAGUCUUAUCGAUCAUUACCCAAGAUCGGUCCAACUUCGAAUGAGGCAGUAGAUGACGAUAAAGAAGAUGGUGAAAAAAUUGACGAUCUUGAUGAAGACGAUUUUGCUCUUCUCGACAGCGAUGAUGACGGGGAUGAAGACCUCGACCUCUUAAGCGAUAUGCCUAGCUCUAUUUCUUCCUCUCUCUCUACUGGCGACGAUGAUUUCUCAGAUGACGACGAUCUUUCAGAAGAAGAUGAUAGCGACGAGUGUCUCACUGAUGAUUCUGCACUUGAAAAGGCUUACUAUGCCUCAAAACGUUCGAAACUAAACGGAUCUGAUGACGAGGCAAAUCAACCAACUGAAUCCAAACUCCCAGUCAAAUUACCUGACGGUACCAUUCAGCGUUUUCCUAAUCCAAAUCAACCUACUGGUAGUCGUGCUUUGAAAAACACUAUCUCAACUGAUCAAUCUGAUACCAAACCAGCUCCGCCACAACCCAAAGCACGAGUGGGAGAUUCAUCUCAUGGUGCACGAUUCGGUCGCCUAUCGCUAGUUGACAUCUUAACUAAACGACAUGGAAAAAAAGCAGCUGCGCGUGCUGAAAUCGCUGAUCUAGCCCGAGAAGCCAUCAGUGAUCCCGAAAUGAGCCUUAGUCUCAUCAAACGACUCAUUGCACUUUGUUUACCUACUAUCAAAGCUGAUAACAAUGUCAACAGCGUCAUUCAAAUCGAUCCCGCUAUCCGGUUCAUGGCUCUCUUGAGUUUACUCUCUGUAUUUCUCGACAUCAUUCCUGGUUAUCGAAUUCGAGCCUUGGGUGAUGCUGAGAAACAGGCAGCUGUCAGUCAAAUGGUAGCACGACAAAGAGAAUGGGAAGACGGUCUAGUGAGCAAUUACAAAAAAUUCUUGGAGAUAUGUGAAAAUGAGGUUAUUUCAGCGGGUGUACUGGGAUCAGUUGGAUUAAAAUGUCUUUGUAAAUUAUUAGCUGAAAAGACUCAUUUUAACUUUUCUCAAAACAUAAUGGAAGUCGUAGUACGUAAAUUGGGAAGGAAGGAAUGGGACGAACAAUCGGCUGAGUGUUUGGAUGCGAUCAAGGCCGUCUUCAGAAAGGAUCUUGAUGGGCAAGACAGUUUACAACUUGUGAGACUAAUUGGGAGGAUCAUCAAAGCGAGGAAUUACGCGGUUCAUCCUGAAGUUCUGGCAUGCUUGUUACACUUGAAACUCAAGGAUGAGAUCUCAUCCGGAACUCGAGCCAGUACUGAAAGAGUUCACAAAGCCAACGACAAUAGGACUGGAAAAUUACCGUGGAAGGAACGUGUCAAGCACAAGAAGGACAAAACUGAACCAGUGGUCUUGUCCAAGAAAGCAAAGAAAGCAAUUAGAGAUCGUCGAGGGAUUGAAAAAGAAAUUCAAGAAGCUGAAGAAACUGUCAAAGUUGAAGAGAAAGAAAGAAAUCAAACUGAAACUCUUAAACUCAUCUUUGCGCUCUACUUUCGAAUUCUUAAACUCGAUCAUCGUUCUAUACUCUUUCCAACUGCCCUUGAAGGUUUGGCCAAAUUUGCUCAUUUGGUCAAUAUCGACUUCUUUCGUGAUCUGAUGAGAGUCCUCAGGCAACAUAUCGACGAUCAGGUCUUUGUAUCAAAGUCCACCGACCGAGAAGACGAAGACCAGUCAAAUCAGAUACGACGUGGUCGCGAACAGCUCGGAGAUAGAUUAGUUUGUAUCCGAACAGCCUUUGAACUUUUAUCUGGACAAGGUGAAGCUCUCAAUGUCGAUCUUACAGAGUUCAUCAAUGAUCUUUAUUCUAUCCUCAUCCCGCUUGGAACUCAACUUACACUGGAAGAGAAUCAAAGUACCGUAAUGAAUCAAGAAGAUCGUUCAGGUUUAUCGAAUCUUGAUAUACUCUUCAAAGCUCUCAACCUUGCAUUCCUUACUCCAAGAUCUGCGAUUCCACCUUUAAGAGCACAAGCAUUUACCAAAAGAUUAUUAACAAUCACACUUUCUCUUGCUUCACCAAUCUCUAUCAUCAAGAUCAUCAAGUUUAUCAUCAAGCUCAUGCAUCGUCAACCUGUGAUAAAAUCUAUCUUAACUUUAGAUGAUGAGGAUAGUAGAAGGGUAGGAGGAAUCUAUCGAGGUGAAUUAAACGAUGUUGGGUUGAGUAAUGCGGAUUGUGCUAUCGGUUGGGAGGUUUUGGCUUUGGAAAGGCAUUGGGAUGAGAGAGUUCAAGACGCGGUUAGAGAUUUGAGAGCCGCUGUGAAGGAUGUGUCAGGCUGA